AUGGCACAUCAAGCGCACAAUAUUCCAUGGGGCCUGCUCGCUUCGAAUUUAGAGUGGAAGGCCCCGACGCCCUGGAACAAUUUCGCCACAAAUCUGUACCCGCGCAUGAAACCGAAUCAGGCGAAGGAUUUGACACAUUUUGUUAGUGCUUUUGUGGAGACUCUUGACGAGCAUUCGGCCUGUGAACGAAAGAAGUAUCCGAAACACUACGAUAUUCCCGAGCCAUCGGAUGUGAUACUCGAUGAUGCUAUUGUUCGCAAGAUAUCACCCACGGUUCGUCGAUGGCGCUCCAACUGGCCCAAAACCGAAACAUGUCCUUCAGGUACAUGCAAAAAAGUUGAAGUUGUGAGAGGACCCAGAUGGACGAGCGUGUACGAUGAAUGUAAAUGUGUACCCAUCCCGCAAGAAGAAAGAGUCAUGUCGGCCUUUCUUCAAGACCCCCAUGUUGAGAUUGAUUGGAGGUAUAGUGGUGAUGACUCGAACAAAGAGGCGAUCUUGAAUCUACGUUUCGUGUUGACGCUACUUCUAUACGGGGAGAUGGAACCAAUAUUGCGUGUCUGUGCCCAUCCGGGUAAUCAUCUGAAGUUCUGGCGUCUCGGAACCUACUUUGAAGGCCCCAUUAAUCUUGGAUGGGAAAAGAUGUGUCGACAAAUGCUCUCGGUCUACAUCUGCCUCAACAUCGCAUACUGCUUUCCCGAGACUUGGGAUCCUGCAUCUGGCCGAACCGAAGAAAAAGACUAUCGCAAUGCCAAAUUCUAUCAGAAGACACUUAUUGAAUCCGGUGCAAGAAGCUGGGACCUGAGGACAUACCCUCACCUCCAGUUCUUUGGCAUGCAAUCGUGUGAACGCGCGGAAGAGAAUACCGGAAAAGGCGAACAUUGGUUGCUCGAUGAAGAGUUCAACAAAGCGAAACGAGAAUGUCUUAGAAAAUAUGGUUGGCUUGACCGUUGGAAGAAGGACAACCUAGCAGGGCCUUACGGAAGGGUACCAAUUCGCGAAUUUCUGCGAGUGUGGAGACCAGGGGGUCUUUGGUAUGCACCUUCGUUCUCGGAGGUGGAUGAAGUCCGGUCGAUCUUAUGUUCGAUGGGUCUUCCAGCUGAGUUGGCACUGGAAAUUAUGAAAUUCGCCGACUACAAAUCACCGAAGGGUAAGCUCGAUCCACCGCAUGAUCCGCUACAUCCUAUGAACCGAGAGGCGCUCGGGCAGUAUCUAAAGUACUGCUGGAAGACCCUUGUGCUGUGUUAUACCAUGGCGACAGAGAUUGGUAUGGAUCCGCUCGACCGGAUGAACCCAGAUCAUAGGGACCACAGCUGCUUAAACUGGAAGAAUCUUGUCGGAGAUGCCAUUGUUGACUUGUUUGGCCACCACAAAGAUCGACGCGAUGGGCAUUGGAGUGAAUCGUUGACGUACGAUGUGGAUAAACUCCCGAGAAUUUGGUAUAAAAAAGACACUGUCUCGGAUGACGACACCCCCACUGGCUGGCGGGGACCCUUCACGACCUUCGUGUGA